ACCUUUCCUCCCCACUCUUCUGCAACUCUCCCAUCAGGACCACAGGACGUGAUGCACUGAUACACACUUUGUAUUCUGGGAGUGAUUGUGACGAGCUAACGCGAGAGUGACUCAAACCCGAGGGGGGUGGGGGGUGGGUCAGUUACUAAACUGUGUUUUUGUUUGCUUAUAUAUAUACAUUUUGCAGCAUCAAAUACAUCUAAGCAGCAUCGUCCUGUGUUGUGUUUUCCCAUAUGUCGCGCAAGCAGGUCGACCAUGACUACAAUCUCCGUAGUAUGAGCAACCUCAUGGGCGAGCGCAGGAAGAAAGUGAGCGACGGAGGAGAGCGGAGCCUCAUCAGGGCUCCGUCCAGCGCCAGCAUCACCAGCCAGGGCGCCUUCGCCGGGGCUUCCGCCGCCGGUGCGCCGGCGGCACCCCCGUCCUCCACCGGGGAACUGGAGAGGGCUGCGCGCAAGCAGUUCCAGCAGGAUGUCACUCCCGGCUUUGUCUACGUCCUGGCCGCGUUCUCCGCCCUCGGGGGGUUCUUGUUCGGCUACGACACCGGGGUGAUCUCCGGAGCGAUGCUCCUGCUGAAGAGGGAGCUGGACCUGAGCGCCCUGUGGCAGGAGGUGCUCAUAUCAAGUACUGUGGCCGCGGCCGCCCUGUCCGCCCUGCUGGGGGGCUUCCUCAACGGGCUCUUUGGGCGCAGGGUGUGCAUACUGCUGGCCAGCUUCUUCUUCGCAAUCGGGGGGGUCGUGCUGAGCACCGCCCCUGGCAAGGAGGUGCUCCUGGCGGGGAGGCUCAUCGUUGGUGUGGGGCUUGGUAUUGCGUCUAUGACAGUGCCUGUGUACAUUGCUGAGGCAUCUCCGCCCCACCUAAGGGGUCAGCUGGUAACGGUUAACACCCUCUUCAUCACCGGUGGACAGUUCACUGCCAGCCUCAUCGACGGCGCCUUCAGCUACCUGCAACGGGAUGGCUGGAGGUACAUGUUGGGUCUGUCGGUGCUCCCCGCCGUGCUCCAGUUUAUUGGAUUCCUCUUUCUGCCUGAGAGCCCUCGUUGGUUGAUCCAGCGUGGGCUGACCCAGAAGGCCCGCCGCGUGCUCAGUCAGAUCCGCGGCAACCAGAACAUCGACGAGGAGUACGAUAGCAUCAAGAACAGUAUCGAUGAGGAGGAGGACAGCGGAGCAGAAGGCCCUGUGAUUUGGAGGAUGCUGACCUACCCCCCUACUCGGCGAGCCCUCCUGGUGGGCUGCAGUCUCCAGAUGUUCCAGCAGCUGUCAGGAAUCAACACAGUCAUGUACUACAGCGCCACCAUUCUGCAGAUGUCAGGAGUGCGAGACGUCAGGCUGGCGAUCUGGCUGGCGGGACUCACCACCCUCACCAACUUCCUGUUCACCCUGCUGGGAGUGUGGCUGGUGGAGAGAGUGGGCCGCAGGAAGCUCACUUUAGGCAGUAUCAUUGGCACAUGUUUGAGUUUGAGUCUGCUGGCCAUCGGUUUUCUAGUGACUGCCCAGCACAGCCCUCCUGUCACCUUCCACCCAUUAGACCCAUCUAUGGCCAACUCUACCUGCUCAAAAUACCAGCUGUGCGAGCCGUGCAUGCUGGACCCCGGGUGUGGCUUCUGUUACCGGGAGAAUGUGUCGGCGCUCCUCGCCUCCUCCUGUGUGCCUGUCAAUAAGGCCUCCACCGAGCGAGCAGCAUGGGGCAGGUGCUCCAACUCCAGCCUGAUUAAAGAUCGGACCUACUGGGCCUACAACUACUGUCCCACCUCCUACUCCUGGCUGGUCUUACUGGGUCUGGUCCUCUACCUGGCUGCUUUUGCUCCAGGGAUGGGCCCAAUGCCGUGGACCAUCAACUCAGAGAUCUACCCUCUGUGGGCGAGGAGCACAGGCAACGCCUGUGCAGCCGGAGUCAACUGGACCUUCAACAUCCUAGUGUCUCUCACCUUCCUACACCUGGCUCAGUACUUCACCUACUUUGGAGCUUUCUUUCUCUACUCCAGCCUGUCUUUGCUGGGUUUCUUCUUCAUCUACGGCUGCCUGCCAGAGACCAAGGGCCGCCGCCUUGAAGAGAUCGAAGCGCUGUUCGGAAACAGGCUUUGCUCCUGCGGCGCUUCUGACUCGGACGAGGCAAGGCAGGUGGAAUACAUCCGAGUCAAAGGUUCCAACUACCAUCUAUCGGACAACGACGCGUCUGACGUGGACUAAUGGGUAGGGCGGAAGUUUGGUUAGCUUGUGUGAUUUACUUAAAACAAUGCAGAGUGUAAUGUAAUAUGUUCAUCUUUUUUCUCUGUGUGAGCUGAUGAGCCACUGGGCGGUUGAUUACCACAGUUUUAAAGGCCUUUUGCCUGGGCAGGAUGUGAGUGUGUUCACACCCUAUUCAGUCAAACUGGUGACAAGUCAAUGACGCGUUGGCCUGUUCUCUUAAUUGGGGUGAACUAACGCAACAUCUGGAGUCCCGCGUGCUUUUGUCGACAGCUAAAUUUCGCACCAUACAAAUAUCUAUCGCCUUUUCCACACAUCACAGACGUAGUUUCUCUUGAGGUGAAAACAUGACGGUUGUAUGUGCAAAAUACAAAGGACAUUCCUUUCUCAGGAAGUCCACCAAUGACGAUUUACUUUACAAAAAUGGCUGCAGAUUGGUAUCCGUAGGAUGUUCUUAAUACUUCGAACAGUUGUUGCUUAAAUAUAUAAUUUAUGAUUUAUAUACAAUCUUGUACGUACAUAAUAGAAAGUAAAACCCAGCCGUUUGGUCAGCAAACGUUUCCAUCGAGGACUCCAUUUAAAAAGUUACAGUAAAUAUGGUCUUGAACCCACAAACUGCAGUUGUGAUACAUUGUCGAUUUGUAGUACCAUAAUGCCUUUCUAUACGAAACACAUCUCAGAUACAUGUUAUUGAAGCGUGUAGCAUAGCGCACUAAUGUCACUUGCUCAUCUGAUGGCCGUCUUAGUUUGUGGAAUAUUUUUAUGAAAAGCAAACACCAGAGAUGUACAGUAUAUUAUUUAGAAAACUGGUGGUAACAGUUGGUGCCUAAAUAAACCCACUCUUCAAUCUAGUAGCACUGCAAGGAAUACACGUUAUCUUUAUGUAAUAUAUGUUUAUAUUAUUUAAACAUUAUUUUGUGCCAAAGUAUCGCUCAAGAAUUAUAUCCGUGUUUUGUCUUGCAAUUCUGUUGCAUACUUGCCUCUGUCGGCAAAACCCUUCACUUUGACCCCAUGUUAUGAACACGUAAUGUGCAGCUAAGACUUGACUCAUAUCAAGACUUGACUUGUAUUCUGAGUAUUUCUUUCCAUCCUUGACAUGAUAAUAGUAGUGUCUGUGUAGUGUGAAGGUCCCUAAUGGCCGUUUUUCAGUCCGAACCCCGAGUUGGACAUUUUAAAUCAUGUUAUAAUAAUUAGAUCUACAUAGCUUUUUUAAAUUAUUUGACAUGUACAUGUUUACAUUUUUUACUAUAAUUUACCGUAUUUUUGUCUUCCUCCAUAGCCUUAUGUACAAAUAGCGGAGCAUGUAAUUUACGUGGUUCUCCUGUCAAGCGUCGAGGAGUUGGCUUUAGCGUGAUUUGUUGUUUUGUAAAGAUUGUAUGAGGUUACACCUCGUUAGUCAGAUACAUUUCUGUGUUUGGGAGUAGACUACGGAGUAACGUUUUGUAUUUAAUCAAAACAGGUAAAUAAUGCAUAAACAGGCUGCACUGUUACUGUGUCCAGUUAACUGGUACAGUUCCAGCAUUUUUGACGCAGGGGUCCUUACCCAUUAUCUAUUGAUAAGAUAAAAUACCUCUUUUUAAUAAUGAACUUUUCAAAUAUGAAGCUGUUCAUCAAAUGCCGUGGCACAAUGCAAUGAAAUUUUCAGUGACCCGAGAAAGUAGUUGGAGAGAAGUAGCGGAUUUUAAUUCAAAAUGUGAAAGUAUUGUUUUAUGUUGGAUUUUCACUUCAGCGAGGAUGAGCUGUCUUUAAACAAGGCCAACUUGUUUUCUACUUGAAAGUAUUAUUACAGGUAAAAAAGACACAGAUAGAGCUCCAUAACAAUGAUUGUGUAAUUAUACUUGUGUUGACCAAAAUAUUUAACCUGAUUGUUUCAGCUGUUGACAUCCAGUUGUGUUACUACUGAGGUUGGGGACAUUCGAUGUGUACUUCCCGUGAAAUGGUGGCAAUUUAUUUUCUAUGUGAAACGACUAUGUGUGUUUCUACGGGUUACGAGGAACAACAAAAAUACCAAUAAAAAAUAAAAAAAAGAGUGUUGUAUAGUAUAUUUGAUUCUUGUUCAAGCUGUAUAUGUUUUGCUAGAGUUUAUAUUCUAUAUAAAAAAGUGGAUAUUCAAUAUGCAUAUGGAGACAGAAAUAAACUUAUGAAUCAAGA